AUGCCUUCAAGAACUGCCCAGAUUCGCUUUGUAAGUUCACAUCCUGAAGUUUAUGAACCAUGUGAUGAUUCAUUUGCCUUGGUUGAUGCACUGCUAGCUGAUCGAACCAACUUGUUAGAACACCGUCCUACACUAUGCAUGGAAAUUGGUUGUGGUAGUGGGUACAUUAUCACUUCCCUAGCUCUUAUACUUGGACAGGAGGCUAAUGGGGCCUACUAUAUGGCCACAGACAUCAACCCUCAUGCAGUGAAAGUGACUCGUGAGACUCUGGACGCGCAUGGGGUUGAUGCAGAGUUGAUAACUACUGACAUUGCCUCUGGACUAGCGAGGCGAUUGGCAGGAUUGGUGGAUGUGAUCGUCGUGAACCCACCUUAUGUGCCAACACCUGAAGAGGAAGUGGGUCGUGGUGGGAUUGCCUCUGCUUGGGCUGGAGGGGAGAAUGGCCGGAGUGUUAUUGAUAAGAUAUUGCCUAUUGCUGACAUUCUUUUGUCAGACAAGGGAUGGUUGUAUAUGGUUACGCUUACAGCAAAUAGUCCCUCAGACAUUUGCCGUCAAAUGAGACAGAAGGGUUAUGCUUCUCGAAUUGUUUUGCAGAGAUCAACAGAAGAAGAGAGUCUCCACAUUGUUAAAUUUUGGCGCGAUUUUGAUACUCAGGGGGCAGCAAGUGACAUUUAUAGUGUUAAGAAAACAGGUCAUGCUAAUCUCGUGGAAUCUCUGCUUUCACAGUGUUCUCAGUUAUCGUUCUGGAGACAUAAUAAUGGCAAUAGUAGCUGACGUAUUAAAAGGUAAGAGAAAAAUCUAUUCACCCAGAUAUUAUUGUGUUCUGUUUUAAUUUGAUUUCUAUAUUGCCUUUCCUUGGUUGGUUGGUUGUUUUCCACCAAAUAGUGGAAACCUCAAAUAGGAAUUUUCAGGGAGUUCGUAAAUUCCCUAGGUAUUCAAUUCAAUCCUUUUCCCUCACGCCAGCUUGCUCUCUUCCAUUGCUGAAAAAAAUCUUUCAAUCUUUCUACUUUUCUUGGAUACUUGUGUUUAGUUAUGGGACGGGAAGCCUCUCGUGGAGAAGUGGCAGAAAGACCGAAGCCCAAUCGAAGGCUGAUCGAUUGAUGUCGCGCUGAUCUGCAAAUUUGGAGGGCUUUCUCUAGGGUUUCAUGCCCACUCUAUAAAUCCAACGAACGCCGGGUCCAUGUCUCUACCGUAGUCAAGUCUGUAAUGCUGAGGUGCUUUGGACAUUAGGACCUAAAAUUUCAGUGAAAAGUGAUGAUGCACGUAGUCAUGACCAGCUUCAUUGAAAACGAUUACCACGACAGAAAUGGGGCAUCAAUAUUUUGCAAUUAACACAGGAUAAUGGUAUAAUACCAAAGCGUUGACUUCUUUUUGGGUUCCCCCGAGACUUCAACCAACCAGGCCAUGCAUUCAUUUUUUUUUUUAAAUUAUACAAUAGUCAAUUAUAUAAAGACUACUUUCAG